CAACUGCCUCUGUCCUAGCAGACCCUGUCCCCCUCACCUCUCUUUUCGUCUCCCCUUCUCUCCGCCCGGUGCACUUCCCGCCCGCCAAGGAUUUCCUCUUUCCACCAUGCGCGGCCUCGUGUCUUAUCUCUCCCUCGCGGGUCUUUUCUUCACCAUGAUGGGUGGCAUGUACAUCAACACCGGCGUGUCGGCGGUCCUCUUUGCCCUGGCUCUGGUCACCGAUAACCUGCCCGACAACCACUUCCUCCUCCUGUCGGUCUUCGUCACCUUCCCCGCCUCUGUGGCCAUCGACAUUGCCGUCCUGGCCAUUCAGUCCUACUGGGGUGCCUCCUCGACCGCCUUCAGCGCUGUCUGUCUCAUUAUCGUGGUCAUCCUGAAGAUCGCCAUCACCGUCCUCGCCCUUGUCAACCUUCUGCCGCGUGGCUUCAACGCCGCUCCCCUCGGCACCAUCUCCGGCAAUGUCACCUCCUCUUCCUCCUCCUCUUCCAACAAGACCUCGGCCCCGAUCUCGGCCCCGGUCCAGCAGCAGCAGCAGCAGCAGCAGCAGCAGCCCCAGCAGGCUGAGCCGGCCGCCCUGCAGCAGCCCCAGCACUCUCACUACGAGAACAACGAGCCCGCCUACCAGGAGAAGGACGUCGAGGCCAGCUACCACUCUUCCGAGUCUGUCUAA